GUAAGGACAAGCUCAUUGCCUCGAAGACGGAUAAUCUAAUCAACAAAGGAUCAAGAUUGUAAACAAACAUGGAUUGGAUAUGGAACAAGAGAAACUAAGAUAUUAAUUUCUAACAAUACAAGGACGAAGUUACAAUUGGUCCAUAUAGUUUCUCCUUCUCUGUCACUUUACACCACCACAAGGGUACUUGGUAUGCUGUCUGUAUCGAUCAAAAAUCUCAAAAGUACACAAGCAAGGAGUAGUAAUAGUGCAAGUCAUCAAGACAAAAAAGAAAAAGAAAGCUCUCUUUUUUUUCCUCCUCAAAGCUCUCUCUCACAUCCUCUCAUUCUUUCCCAUUUCCCAAUUCAAAUCUCUCUCUCUCUGUUCAUUUUUCACCCUUUCAAAAACUCUUGAUUCAUUCAAUUUCAAAUCUUUAUCAUUGUCAUUAGGCCAUCCAAAGACUAAUGAACCAGAACGGCAAUUCGUUGCUUAAUUCUACCUUUUUUUAGCUCCCUUGUAAAGAGCCCAAGUUCAAAAUCUUGAACUUUUUUAGCUACCAAUCACCUAAUGAAGUGUCAAGCUCUUUACUUCUAUUGACUCUUCAAAUAUUUUUCUUCCUGUUAUUGCAACUUGGUGAGUGAGAUCUAUAAGGGGAGCAUUUGAUAAUGCUAAGGCAAAAAGGAAGUGCCACAAUGGAGGAAUUGCUGCCUGGCAAGAUAAGAAAAAGAGGGUGUUCCUCGUCAGCAUCAUCAUCCUCAUCAAUAAUUCAAAACUACAGAUUCAAGAGAGCAAUUUUGGUAGGUAAGAGGGGUGGAUCCAGUACACCAGUGCCCACAUGGAAGUUGAUGGGGAAGAGGACCCCAUCAUCUGCACUGAGGGCCAUAGAUUCCUCACCAAAGUCACUAAAUGGAAAGGGAAAGCAGCAGCAUGCGCCAGUGUCAGCGAGGAAGCUGGCUGCUACCCUCUGGGAGAUGAAUGAGAUGCCGUCGCCAAAAAUGAAGGAGGAAAUGGUGGAGGAGAGGAGGUUGAGGAAAGAGGGUAGAGGUAGAGAGAGGAGGUCGGUGCAUUCAGGUUCUUUGCCUCCUCAUUUGUCUGAUCCUUCUCAUAGUCCUGUUUCUGAGAGAAUUGAUCGUUCUGGAACUGGCAGCCGCCAUAGAAGAACAUCAUCGAUUUCUCAGAGGCUUAGGCUUAUGGACCAGAGCAUUGGAGCAUUUGAUUCUGUUAGCAAUGCCAGUUUAAUGGAGAUUGAGACUAGAUCUCGAGCCCAAACUCCUAGUGGAUCUACUGUUGGAGUCAAACCUCGUCUGAAGGAUGUUAGUAAUGCUCUGACUACAUCAAAGGAACUGCUUAAAAUUAUCAACCGUGUAUGGGGCAAUGAAGAUAGGCCCUCAUCAAGCAUGUCUCUCAUCUCCGCCUUACAUGCUGAGCUCGAGAGGGCUCGUUUGCAGGUCAACCACCUUAUCCAAGAACAGCGCUCUGACCAGAAUGAGAUAAACUAUCUAAUGAAGUGCUUUGCUGAAGAAAAGGCAGCAUGGAAAAACAAGGAGCAGAAGGUGGUUGAAGCUGCUAUUGAGUCCAUUGCAGGAGAACUCGAUGUAGAGAAGAAGCUGAGGAGACGGUUUGAGAGCUUGAACAAGAAGCUAGGGAAGGAACUGGCUGAGACUAAGGCAUCUCUAUUGAAGGCAGUGAAAGAGCUUGAAAGUGAGAAGAGAGCAAGAGCUGUAAUGGAGCAAGUAUGUGAUGAACUAGCCAGGGAUUUUGGUGAUGAUAAAGCUGAAGUUGAAGAACUGAAGAGGGAAUCUGCAAAACUUUGUGAAGAGGUUGAAAAGGAAAGGGAGAUGAUGCAGUUAGCUGAUGUGUUGCGUGAGGAGAGAGUCCACAUGAAACUUUCAGAAGCUAAAUAUCAGCUUGAGGAGAAAAAUGCAGCUGUUGAUAAACUUCGGAAUCAGCUUGAAGCUUUUCUUGGAACCAAAAGAAAUAAAGAAAAAGGGCGCUGUUCUAGUCAUAUAAAUGAUGAAGAGAUAGAUGCUUGCUUGAGUAAAAAUCGUUUUGUCUCCCAUCGGAGUGAAGUAAAUGAGGAGGAUGGAGAAGUAGAUGAUAGGGUAGUAUGCGAAGAAGGCUCUGCCGAAAGUGAUCUUCAUUCUAUAGAAUUGAAUAUGGAUAACAAUAACAAAAGCUACAAGUGGACUUACCCUUCUGGAACACCCCGUGAUUUGAGAAAGGCAGCAAUGGAUGAAGAAGACAUCAAAGGGAGGAAUUCUACCUCUAGCAAAUUACCCCGGAGAAGCAGUUCUCUGCAAAGAAGUGUGUCAGAUGGAGUGGAAUGGGGCAUCCAAAAUGAGAGGGUCCCAUUUCCAGGAGACGGGAUAGAUUGGGGGAGGUUUUCUGAACUGGAGAGGCAAGGGCAAGGAAAAGGUUAUGGAGAUGAAAUGCAUGGACAUCAAUCAAUGAAGGGUCUUAGGGACUACUUGUUGUCUGUUUCUAGGUUAGAUUCUCCAAGGGGGUAUGCUAGUCCCAUGCGACAAGUAGGGCAGCUGCGGUCCUCACGAGAGCCCAAUCUAGCUCAAGAGAGACCUCCGGUGAUACCAGGGAAUGUUUCGAAGUCAAGGCUAUCAGAUGCCAAAGCUGAAGGCGUGAAUUUAAGAAAAUCCAAAUGGUGAGCUAUGCAGAGUAGUUUUCAUGCAAGGCUGGUUAGAUACCGGAUGCAAGAAGAAUAUUAUAGUGAGAAUUAAUCCUCCGCUUGCCGUUCUAGAAUCACUGAAGUUGCAGCAAUCGCUGCUCAACAUUCACUGAACUAUUGUCAAUUUUUAAGAAUGCUUGUGCCUAUAGAGUUCUUUUUGGAAAAAAACGAUGGUUGUCAUUUGGCCAAGUGACUCGUACAAAAACUUCUGGCAUAACGUAUCUCGACAUGCCAGAAGCAUCAAAUAUAGUUGCUGAUAUGUAACCUUUGUUUUCUUUUUGUCCUCGGCAGCGUCUUCACCUGCCUUGACCAUUUCUGAAAUUAAACCAGCCUCUCAUGUUAUUAAGAAUUUGCAUGGCCCUGAAUACACUUUCUUGCGAGGAACUUUGGAA